ACGACAACCUUAAAAGAAAGAAAAUGCCCCAAAAACUUCAUCUUCCUCUUCCUCUUUGGUUCUCAGAAGAUUAAGUCGAAAACCCUAAAUCUACUCAAAACCGAUCUCAAGAUUUAUUUCCUCUGAUCAUUCUCGCUUUCAUCACUCCAAAUCGAACCCGUCAUGCUCCUUGUCCGAUCAUAAUAGACUUUUAGUGGGUUUUGAGAGUUUUAAGUGCCAUGAAGCGAGAGUUGGAUUUUGGGUUCGAUGGUUCAGUUAGUCCAACUCUGGAGUCAGUGGAUCAGUCUCUAACUCAGGCGAGUUCUAGUACUAGUUGUAAUAGAGUUAAAGGUGCUCAUGUGAAUGGUUACAUUGUUUACACUCGAGUUAAGAAGUUAAGAACUAAUUAUGGUGUUGAAUUUUCGGAGAACAAUAGAAACAAAUAUAAUCUGUUAAAUGGUGUUCAAAAGGCCUUAAUUGAUGAGUAUCAGGAGAAUAGAACUUUGAAUAAAUCCAGUAGUCUGAAGUCUGAACAGUAAUGAAAUUGAAGGUGUGAUUGGAGGUAGACCAAACAAUGAAAAUGCAGCGAGGGAUAAUGUGGUUAUAGAAAAUGCAGUGGAUGAGAGCUUAGUUGUACGAGAUUUUGUUGAAGAUGGUCUACUUGUAGAGGCUCGCAUUGAAGAGAGUCAUAUUAUUGGGGAAAAUGCCAUUGUAGGGAACUUGGUAGUUGAGGAAAUUGGAAGAGAUGAUAGGCCUGUUCAAUCAAGGCUUCAUGAAGUGUCAAUUUAUAAUUUGGCAAUGUCCAUGUCUAAAGAGUAUUCUGUGAAUGAACCGGAGACGUCUCUGACUGAUAAAGGAUGUUUCGAAGGUUCAUCAAAACAUAUUGUUGAUAGUAGUGUUGGAAGUAAUGAUGAUGUAUGCUUGAAGGCCCUGAGGCGGUCUAAACAAUCGUUAUCGAGACCAAAUGUUGAAGCAGUAGACAAUUUGGAAUGUGAACAACAAACUGUUGAAAAUGUUCUUGUAUCAAAUUUUGGUGGAGAGGAAUCAGCUGAAGAAAGUGGAUUGACAACUUUAAGGAAGAACUUGGAGUUGAAAAUGUCAAAAAAGGUUGCCCUUACUAAGUGUCCAGUGACAGUUAAAGAGCUAUUUGACACUGGUUUACAUGAUGGGGUUCCUGUAGUUUACAUGGGCACAAUAAGUAGUAAGACAGCUGGCCUUCGGGGCAUCAUUACAGACGGUGGAAUUUUGUGUUCAUGCUCCUUGUUCGAGGGACGUAGAGUAAGGAAUCUCUUUUCAAAAUGGAGAUUUUGGUCUUUCUGUAACUUCCUAAACUAA